CACAGGGCAAGAUUCCACCCAAUGCAACAUUGAUCUUUGAGAUUGAACUUUAUGCGGUAAAUAAGGGACCUCGCAGUGUUGAAGCAUUUAAUCAAAUAGACAAGGACAGUGACAAGAAACUCUCUGAACUUGAGAUAAGCCAGUAUUUGAAAGAAGAAUUUGCAAGAGAUGGCAAAAAACGUCAUCCCUCAGUCCAUGAUGAAAUCUUAGCUGAUAUAUUUAAGAAGAAUGACCAUGAUGGAGAUGGUUUCAUAUCAGCAAAGGAGUACAAUGUCUACCAGCAUGAUGAACUCUAA